CUCUUUUCUGAGUUCUGAUCAGUAUGAACAAGUUUGUUGUACUUUAAGGGAGAUUUUGUGACAGGCAUUUUGCUUGUUAAGUGAUAUUCUCCAAUUUAGUUAAUAUAGUGAGCAAUUAUUGCUUUUCUAUUGAAGCUGGGUUUUUGAUUGUCUACAAUAGUUGUUUGCAAGAGAUGAUAUCUGCACGCAAUCCUUAAACCAUUAUUAAAUUGGGAAUCUCAACUUUACAACUUAGCCUGUUGGCCUGUUGUUCUGUGAUCAUAGGUUGGACUGCACAAUAAAAGUGCAGCCCGGGUACUGAAAUUAAUGAAAUAAAAAAGGAAAAGGUAUCAUUAAAGGUGAUGAUGAUACUAAUGGUCAUAUUGAUAAUAUGUGCUGCUUUGCAAGGCCUGGUGUGGUUUUGUUGUCUUGGACUGAUGACAAUAAUGAUCCUCAGUAUAAGCGGUCUGUGGAAGCCUUGUCUGUGCUCACCAAUACUACUGAUGCCUGUGGUCGGAAAUUACAAGUAGUUAAACUUCAUGUGCCAGGGCCUCUCUAUAUGACUGAGGAAGAAGCAGCUGGAGUCAGUCAAGAUGGGGAGGCUAAACCAAGACAUGCAGGUACAAGACUUGCUGCUUCAUACAUAAACUUCUACAUUGCAAAUGGAGGAAUCAUUGCACCUCAAUUUGGCGAUCAAAAGUGGGACGAUGAAGCUGUCCGUGUCCUGUCUGAAACCUUUCCAAAGCAUGAAGUGGUGAGAAUUGAAGGUGCUAGGGAGAUUGUUUUAGGAGGGCGUUUUGUCUCUUUCAUACUCCCGAGGCUAAAGGAAUCGAGAUCUACAAAGAGAAAUGAGAUAUUGAAGAUCUACAGUCUACUUCUACUUACAGAGAGUGGACCGAGAAUGGGGUGUACGUUCUCGGGAUUGAAUGCGCUCUACGACGCCGUCAACGGCGGAGAGGACGUCUGGAUCAACGACAACAGGUUCAGGAUCCUCAGGCAGCUCGGUGAAGGUGGAUUCGCCUAUGUCUAUCUGGUCAAGGAGGUCCUCGUCGAUUCAGCUUCUUCCGGUGGUCUUGUCAAGAAACUCAAGGAUCCUUCUCGUCUCUCUGAUGAUGGCACUUAUGCCAUGAAGAAAGUUCUCAUCCAGAACAAUGAGCAGCUGGAGUUGGUUCGUGAGGAAAUUCGUGUUUCAUCACUGUUUAAUCACCCUAAUCUGCUUCCACUUCUCGAUCAUGCUAUUAUUGCAGUUAAGUCUACACAAGAAGGAGCAUGGAAACAUGAAGCAUACUUGUUAUUCCCAGUUCACUUGGAUGGAACAUUACUGGACAAUUCCAUAGCCAUGAAAGCUAAAAAGGAGUUCUUUUCAACCUCAGAUGUUCUUCAAAUAUUUCGGCAGCUCUGUGCAGGGCUCAAACAUAUGCACAGUCUUGAGCCUCCAUAUGCACAUAAUGAUGUCAAACCUGGUAAUGUUCUUUUAACCCAUAGAAAAGGGCAACCACCACUUGCGAUAUUGAUGGACUUUGGGAGUGCUCAACCUGCAAGAAGGCAAAUUCGCUCUCGUUCUGAUGCCUUACAACUACAGGAAUGGUCAUCAGAGCAUUGUUCAGCACCUUUCCGAGCUCCAGAGUUCUGGGAUUGCCCAAGCCAUGCAGAUAUUGAUGAGAGAACUGACAUUUGGUCACUUGGAUGCACUUUAUAUGCAAUUAUGUAUGGAACAUCACCAUUUGAGUAUGCACUUGGAGAAUCGGGAGGAAGCCUACAAUUGGCCAUUGUAAAUGCACAGAUUAAGUGGCCAGCUGGACCUAAACCUCUAUAUCCAGAACCUCUUCACCAGUUUGUGACCUGGAUGCUGCAGCCACAAGCUGCCAUUCGUCCUUGCAUAGAUGAUAUCCUAAUUCAUGUUGACAAGUUGACAGCGAAGUUCUCACAAUGAGAUGAUAAAUGGUACUCACAUAUUCACCAUACAUGUUUGAAUUUCAGCAACAUUAAAUUAUAUACGUGCCAAUCACUUGGCAUGCUUUUUCAUACUUGAGCAGUGAACGUCGCUGGAAAAGCUAUAGUAGAUAUACAUCUUCAUCAUGUUACGCAGGUUGCACUUUUUGAAGUAGUUUACUGUUCGUGCAUUGAUUUGUUUCUGUCACAUAACUAUUUAACUUUGUG